AUGUCUGAGGAACAUGUCUUGAUAUUGAUAAGGAAGUGUUGCAGAGGACAACUCGUCGAAGGUUUAAUCACCGGUCAACUUUGCGUCGAAGACAAUUUUGAAGAUCAGGAUAAAGGUCUAGUUAUAAGUGCAAUAAACUGCAGAAAUGCCGUUAUUUUCCAGCUUGAUAAACUGGUAGAGACAUGGAAAUCACACGAUUCCGUAAACUUUGUCAAGAGCGCUGCCGUAACGCAUAUUCUAGAUUUCAACGCUGCUGACGCAUCGUCGACAGAGCUAUCCGGCCAAUUUGCAAGGUUUGAGACAGGGUCUGAAGACGUGGAAUGUGUGAGCAAGCUCUCAGACUAUUCGAGGGAUUCAGGCGCUGAGGGUACCGUUGUGCACACACUCGUGCACGGUAUAUCAAAAAUUGAUGCUGUCGUGUCUUUCUCUGAGGCAUUUGUAGAAGAUUCUUCCCCGGAACGAUGA